GGCAAACACACCCAGAGAGACUUAUCAAAGGCACCUUGAACGCACUAAGCGGAGAGGCAGCUGAACGGAAACUUCCCAGGCGAGGCUGGCUGCAGGUUGCUUUCAAACUAAAUGCAAGUAGCAGAAGGAUGAGCUGAACGGAAUCAAAUGAUGAAGGAAUUUCAUUCUGAGAGCUCUCAGAUGUACAAAUAGCUGUUUCAAAACUCCAAUAAGCACCAGAAAAUACUUUAAAAUAUAUUCCAUCAUGGAUUACAAGGCUGAAGGUAAAAGGAAGCAGCAGCAUAGUUUGAAUUUACUGGAUCAAAUAAAAUGCAUGAAAGAUUUAACUGAAAUGAUUGAUGUGGUGUUAGUGGCUGAAGAAAAAAAAUUCCCUUGCCACAAAUUGAUCCUGGCAGCUUUUAGCCCCUAUUUCAAAGCAAUGUUUACUUGUGGGUUGAUGGAAUGCGCACAGAGAGAAGUUGUGCUACACGACAUAGCAGCUGAAAGCGUAUCUGUCCUCCUGCACUACAUGUACACCUCUGAAUUGCAUCUCACCAAUUGUAAUGUUCAAAAUGUGGCCAUUGCUGCCUUUUUUAUGCAGAUGGAAGAUGUGUUUAGUCAAUGUCAAACCUACAUGAUGGAUCACAUUGAAGCUUCCAACUCUGUAGGGAUCUAUUAUUUUGCAAAGCACAUUGGGGCAGAAGAACUAUCUGAACGGGCCAGGAAAUAUUUGUAUCAGCACUUUACUGAGGUGAGCCAGCAAGAAGAAAUAUUAGAGGUAGAAGUUCAGCAACUGCUAAGCCUGAUCAGAUCCGAUGAUCUGAAUGUAUCCAGAGAAGAGAGCAUCUUGGACUUAGUCCUCAGAUGGGUUAACCACAGUCGGAAGUUGCGUGCAGAUCAUCUCAUUGAGCUCCUGAAGCAAGUAAGGCUGGUACUUGUAAGUCCUUCAUUCCUAGUGGAAGCUCGGAAAAGGAACACGGUGCUUCUGAGUAAUUCUCAGUGUAUUGACAUGAUUGAGGGAGCCUUAGAAACAAUUAAAAAAUCCAAUCAACCUUCCCUCAGCCUUCGGUAUGGCAUGGAGACCACUACACUUCUCCUUUGCAUUGGCAAUAACUCAGGGGGGAUCCGAUCAAGGAAAGGUAAUUACGCUGAGGCCAGCUUCUGUUACGCACCUCUAACGCAAAAGACCUACUUCAUUUCCUCUCCAAAAUAUGCAGAAGGCCUUGGCAGUGUAUACACCGGUGUGGUUACUGAGAACAACAGUAUUGUUGUUGCAGGGGAGGCAAGUGCUACCAAGAUGUCUAGACAAAAGACCAAGAAGAUUGAAAUUUAUAGGUAUGAGGGUCAUGGAAAUCGAUUUUGGGAAAGCCUGUGCACAGCGGAGUUUCGUGAGCUGUAUGCUUUAGGCACCAUCCAUUGUGAUUUAUACAUCAUAGGAGGUCAAAUGAAACUGAAAAACCAAUAUCAAAUUACCAAUAUUGUGGAGAAGUACUCCAUGGAGCAGGAGAACUGGAGAACUUUGGCCCCGCUCCCAGUACCGUUGGCUUGCCAUGCAGUCGUUGCUCUGAAAAACAGGCUUUAUGUCAUUGGAGGAUGGACCCCACAGAUGGAUCUUCCCGAUGAUGAGCCUGAUCGAUUAAGCAACCGAAUGUUGCAGUAUAACCCAAGCCAAGACAAAUGGAUGGAGUGUGCGCCGAUGAAGUAUUCGAAAUACCGCUUCAGCACAGCUGUAGUCAACCAUGAGAUUUAUGUCCUGGGUGGAAUUGGCUGCCUUGAUCGUGACAGAGGACAAGCACGGCAAUGUCUUGAUGUCGUGGAGAUCUAUAACCCUGAUGGGAACUAUUGGCGAGAAGGACCACCUAUGCCUUACCCUCUUCUUUCCCUAAGAACCAACUCUACCUGUGCUGGUGCUGUGGAAGGAAAAGUCUAUGUCUGUGGAGGAUUUCGUGGAACAGCUCGGCAUGAAGUUAUCACCAAAGAGAUCCUAGAGCUGGACACUUGGGAAAAUAAUUGGAAUGUUGUUGCAAUCAAAGCCCUCAUGCAUGACAGCUAUGAUGUCUGUCUUGUUGCUCAGCUGAACCCAAGAGAUCUCAUCCCUCCUCCUUCUGAUUUAAUGGAACAAUAGGUGUGCAAUUUUAAUGGAAAAUAAAUAAGCCAGCUGAAUGGAACAGAAGUACGGUAUGUUGAUAUGUGGCAAUUUCAAUGGAUGGUUAGACAAGAGAAUUCCAUAUAAUGAAUUUUUGAAAGAUGACAUACAGCUUGGCUUCAACAUAGCAAAUUCCUACUGUAGCAAUUCAAAGAUUAUGCAAUGUUUUUCUUUUCCACAACUUCUCAUAAUAAUUUAUUCUGUGUGCCAAACUGUUACUUUCUUCUAUUCAAGAGUACAAACUCAACUUACCUUGAAAAAUAGGAAUGCUAAAAAUGUUGCUUAUGGCAUUAAAAGUAAGACAGAGCAAUAGUAAGUAUUUUAAAAUAAAAUAAUUCAAAUAUUUUAUUCUCUGCUGGCAUGAAGACUAUGGAACCUAUUUGUUUUUUUAAUGGAAUGCAAAAGGGAAAAUAAAACAUAGCCUUAAUUUCAUUAAACUGGCUUGAAAAGUCAUAUAGCUGAUUGUGUAUUGUUGGCAGAUAAGAAUCUUUUCUUCUUCUUUUGUUUUGUAGUCUUUUGCAGAUUCAAAUUAAUCCAGAUGUGAAAUCAAAUCUAGAUCAGAUAUAGGACUAUCAACAUGUACUCUUCAGUUGUCCCUUGAUGCUCUGGUCUGAUUAUCUCAAAUCCCCAAAGCUUGGUUUUAUUUGGGAUCUUAGAAUAUACUUUAGCAGGUUAAAUGAAGCAUUAUAAAGGUUUACCUGCAUUGAUUUAUCUAACUCAGUAUUGUUUACUCUCAAUUGGAUUAAGUAAUGGCUGCAACUAUCCAUUGCUUAACAAAAUAAUCUUUUUCAAAUCCACCUGGAGAUGCCACAAAGUACAUUUUCUACUUUGUGUGCUUCACUGAGCUGCUAAAUACGUUCAAACUGAGAGAUUUUCACCCGUCUUUCAGAAUUGUUGUUUUUCUCCCAGAUUUUAAUAACUUUCCCCCCCAAAUUGAUCUACUAUGCCUCUCUUGGCCCAUGAUAUCUCCUAUAAUAUAAUACCAGUGUAUUGAGGAGAAAUGCCAUUGUUAUUUCUUUUGGAAUCUAUUGGAAAAUUUGAAUAUUUGUGCCAAGGCAGAAAAAAAGAGAAAAUAAGGAACUGUUAUGGCAGAUGUAGAAUCAACAGGGGCCACGGAAGAAUAACGAAAAGUGGUGAUGCGAUCGGAGGAAAGGAAGAGUUAAGAAAGCAUAUAAAUGGAAAGGCCUAAAAUGAAUAAUACAAAUCUUUUGGAAAACAAAAAGUUUUUUGUUUUCCAAAAACAAAAAAGUUAAACUGAAAUAUCAAAGUUUCAUUAAAUAUCAAAUAUGCCAAUUUGGUCUAUUAAUUAAGGCACCUGUCAUGUCCCACCCCCACUCCGACGAACGAGUCAAGGAAGUCCAUAACAAACUUGACAACGAAGCCUCUGCAGCUUGCCAAGUGCCUUCGAGGUUUAUCAGGGCAGGCAGGAGUCCAAGUUGUGACUUCAGCGAUAGGGUCCAGUACCAGCAAACUAGAUAAGACUUUGCUUGACUCAAGGUUGGAAUGCCAAAAGCAGGUCCUUUAUAUAGGCUGUGGGGUGUGGCUCCAUGCCUCAGCAUUUAUCCAGGCCUGCCCCACCCUUCCUUCUGCUGGCGUCGCCCCUCAGAUCUCCAGAAGCGAGGGUGCUCCCACUUUGAAUUGUCUUCAGCUGGAUCUACUGUCAGCGUCUGGGAAAGGGAGGGGUCAGAGGGAGUAGGCCCGGGUAAUUCCACCACCUGGCUGGCUUCCUGCUCUGAAGGCUGAGCCAAAGGAACACACGCUAUAUGAGUGAGGUUUAUUGGGCUUCUCCUUUCACUCCUUGAAUCCUCUCCGGGCAUGGGGCCAGGGCGGGGGCUGGAGCCGUUCAUCUUCAUUAUCAGACUCGGAGUCUGAUAAAAGGCCCGGUUGGAGACGGGAGGGGCCCGGCUGAGGAGAGGAGGGAGGACGAGUCACAACAGCACCAGGCUAGAAACCAAAAGACCGGGAAUUCUAGGCACAAAAUCUAGCUGAGUUACCUUGGGCCAGUCGCUCACAUUUAGCCCAACUCACCUUACAGGGUUGUUAUGGGGAAAAUAGGAGGAGGAAAAAGUAUUGGGUAUGUAUUCCGCCUUAAGUUAUUUAUAAAAAUAAUAAAGGGAUAAAAAAAAUCUAGAAAGAACAUAAUAAAGGCUGCACAAGAAGCAGUAGAAUUUUCUUGAAACAAAUUUUACGAUUGAAUCACUUUGCACAUUUACUCAUAGAUCUUUAGCAGACUGGUUGUCAUAAACCUUGCUUUUUCUUCAUGCUUCCUAGACAGAAUAUUUUUGGCAUCAUAUACAAUAAGCUGUAUUUGUAUAUAUAAGUUUUGUACUGUCCAUACCAGAAAACCUACCAUUUAGCCUGUAUUACAGAAAAUGACACUUCAGACAAUAGCAUAGAAUCUUUGCUCUUGUGUCCUGAAAAGGCUCCCAGCAUUGAGAUGCAUGAAAUGUAUACACUUCAUUUGUUCUAUUGAAGUAUUCAGGUGAAUCAACAGCAAUUGAGAACUUUCUCCCCCAAUGUCUCCUUCAAUAAAUAUUCUAAGUUUGAUACCAGUAAUUUAUUGAUUCAUCCAAAUCAAAGCCACAAUAUUCUUAGCCUCCUUUUCAAUAUAUUUAAAAUUAAAUUUGUCCUAUAUGCAAGAUGAAUUUUAGCAAAUAGAUAAAAAAGGAAAAGUCUUUUUAUUUUUCCAAGAAGCAUUCAUUAAGCCCAUAUAUCGCUAUCAGUGUGUUUUUCAGUUCUAAAUAAAAACUGUUGACAUAAGUUUCAGGUCACUAGGAAAUACGGAACAGUUCUCUGAUGUCUUUUGUACAGACCUGUACAAAACACACACACACACACACAUUCCUUGCUACAUUAUCCCCCCCCAGAUUGUUUCUCUCCCCCCCCAUGUUUUUUUUUCACUGUUCCCCCAUUCACUACCCUCCCAAAUCAGGGAGAAAGAGGGAGUGUCCUCCAUUAGCAGAGAGGUUUGUUUCCAUGGUACCCUGGUAAUAGCAAUCUGCUUUCCAAAUUUAACUAUGGGCUCUAAUGAGCGAUCAAGGCAGCAGCUCACCUCAACCAUUUAUGUGGUCAACUCACGCCCACCAGUAGGGAACAAAGGAGGUGGAGAACUGAUCUGUUAGGUCUGCUUUGGACAGGGACAAGCCAACAAGAUUGAAACAGGGGCUCUGAGGGAUGAUGUUUUUGCUCCAGAAUAAUUUCAUCUAUUUAUUUAUUUAUUUCACGAGUCAUCUGUAUGUUUAGAAAUAAUCAGAUAUUUAGAAACAACACACAUUUCCAAUGCCAUCUCCUCAAAGAAAUAUAUAAAAAUGUAUCUGGUGUGCAAAAACCUACAGUCCUUGUAUUCUACAGUAAUGCAACUAGUCAUAUUGUAGAAGUCGUCUCCUCUUCCUCCUCCUCCAAUUAAAUCUUUAACUUUCUAAUCUAACAGAUCUAUCCUGGUGCCCCUUUUAGAAGGCGGCUUUUCUGAACCUCUUCCCCAUUAAGCUUGGGACAGCGCAGUCUCUUACUCUAGGCCUCUCUCUGAGAAAGCUCUGUGUGGCCAAAAUUUCUCCCCACUGCUCCUCCAUCACAAUACUUUCUCAUGAAUCUGAGCAUGAUUUCCAUGAGUCUAUAAUUAACAUGGCUUAGUAUAUGUUUCUUCUUUUUUUCUUGUGUAUUCUAGCUCUCUCUCCACCUCCAAGUUGUCAUCACUUGAAUAACUGCCAGCCACGUUUGUGGAAUCUGGCUUUUCUAUUAUGAAAUGAUGCAUAUGAUCUUCUGCAUUUCCUGGAACAAUUUCCCAUUUUGAGAGAGAGAAAGGGAGAAGCAUUGCCACAACGGAAGAUUUCCAUUGUUAUGUAUAAUUCUUGAAUUAUGACAUUGAGGAAGAUUUAGUGGUUUACUGCAACCCCCACCCCAACAAUUCAAUGGAGGAAAAGUUUUUGUUUGGCAAAUGCGGGGGGGGGGGAAGAGGGGGCUUUCCAUAGAAUUGUCUGUUUCAUGAUCUCAAGUCAUCUUUCUCUGAAACAUUCUAUUUUUCAUGCAAUUUUUUUUGCAAAACAAACAGCAAAACAGUACCCCAGUUCUUGAAGAACCAUACAAACAACAGAAUAUUCAACUCUGAAAAAAAUAGAAAAGUUUAAAAGAAUUUUUUUCUGGGGGAAAAAAACCUAUUUAUUAGAGAACAAAAUUUUCAAAGUUCUCAAAUGCAGUAUUUCAUAUCUCUGGCUCAAAUCACGUACAUUGGCCUGACGUACCUCAUUUGUGGAGCACAGUAUAAAUCAUUCCCAAGGAUCUAGUGGUCAGAAAAACUUCUUCCGCUUAACCUUCGCCGCAGUGAAAUUGGUGCUUAUUAUUUAUUAUUUCCCCACUAGCAAUUUACAGCACUUUCUACAGUUAUUCAUCUAUUUUUGUGCCAAAAAUAAUAAUAAUGAGGUUAGAUUGUCUAUAUUUGAUCAAUGGUUGGUGAUGUUACAGAGUUGCUUUAAGUUACAAGUGGAGAAAUCGCUAGUGAAAACUACCUUGUGCACAGGAUGGAGACAGACUUUAUCACAACUUUAUCUUCAAAUGCAAUGCUAUUUUUUUUCUUCAGAAACUCGUAAGACGUUCUCAGACUCAUGUUAUUUUCAAUGUUUUUUCCCCAUUUGAACUAGCAGUUUCAUCAGCAUUUUUGAAUUAAACUAGGACCUAUAGAAAUUAGUGUGGAAAACCUAUAUUUCAUUUUUUUUGUUUGUUUGUUUACAUUUAUACCCCGCCCUUCUCCGAAGACUCAGGGCGGCUUACAGUGUAUAAGGCAAUAGUCUCAUUCUAUUUGUAUAUUUUUACAAAGUCAACUUAUUGCCCCCCCAACAAUCUGGGUCCUCAUUCACCUACCUUAUAAAGGAUGGAAGGCUGAGUCAACCUUGGGCCGGGCUCGAACCUGCAGUAAUUGCAGGCUACUGUGUUCUUAAUAACAGGCUUUUACCAGCGUGAGCUAAACCGGCCCUUUCAUUGAUAUGAAUGCCAAUUAAUGUGGUCUGAAUUCUUGUCAUUACAGACAUGUUAAUGUAACCUACGUCUGCCUAAUAACCAAAGUUUUAAAAAUAAUGAAACCAAUAUGUUACAAAAAAAUGAAUCAUUUAUUUUUAUUUAUUUAUUUAUUUUGUCAUAACAAUAUAUGUAGGUAUCAUACAAAAAGAUUAUAUAAUAUAUAAACACAUAUAUGGGUAAAUAUAAGGAGGUAUAAGCAUAUAUGUAUAUAGGAAGAAGAACAGAAAAACAAUAGGACAGGAACGGUAGGCACGUUUUGUGCGCUUAUGCACGCCCUUUAUGGUCCUCUUAGGAAUGGGGUGAGGUCAAUAGUAGACAGGUUUUGGUUGAAUCAAGUUGAAACAAAAUAAAACAAAGCCUUAGGACUCCAAAAUUCCUUGAGACGGUACACACUACGUUUAGCCCAGUCACAUUGGCUGGGUAUUAUGGGAGUUGGAACGGCACAUCUGGGGAUAUAAGAUUAAGAAAGGCUGGGUGAGCUCAGCUUUAUGGAAAGGGUUGCGUUACUAGCUAAUGUGGUUUGUUUGCUUGUUUGCUUUGCUUUGCUUUGCAUGCCAACAAACUGGCCUUAACAUGUGACUGUAUUGCACAAAUCAUUCUGAUAGAAAGACUGGCCAUCUUUUUAUAUGGUUUUAUAAAAAGACGUAAUCCAGGUCUCUACACCGAGGUGUAUAAGUUUAGUUUCUGAUCAGAUGUCUGGGAAUGUACUUCUGAACAAAUCUCCUUCAGAUUGUUGGCUGCAUUCCUGAUCAAUUUGAUGGACCUAGAGGAAAUGAAAUUGAGAAGAGCUGUCUUAAGACAUUUCCUAACUAAUUUUUAAUUAAGGUUUAUAUGCUGUUUCAAGGUAAGAGGCCUCUGAAUGACUUAUAUCCCCCCCCCCCAAUAGCAGCAAUAAGAUUUAAAAGCAAUAAGGUUUUAAUAUUUUUUUUAAGAUUUAACCUACAAAACAAUCUAAACCACAACCCUAGCACUGAGAAAUCACCAGAAAUCACACAAAGAACAAGACAGGAGGAUUUAUUUGUCAAGGUUUCUGCUCUGGAUACUCUCUGGAAUAACUAUGAUUUGAUGGCUUUCAAAAACAUCAAUAGGAUGUAGGCCAAUUUAAUUUCAGGGGAAAUGCUGUUUGAAAGAAUAUCUGAAAAGGCUCAUGACCGUGAUCUCUGAAGCUGAUAUUUUCUUGAGAGAAAAUUCAGAAAUAGCCACUCUUUCCUGAUUUUUAGCCUGUGACUAUCAUUAAGUGUUGUAAGUGUUGUACCUUGAUGAAGGUAUCUUUUCUUUUAUGUAUACUGAGAGCAUAUGCGCCAAGAAAAAUUCCUUGUGUGUCAAAUCACACUUGGCCAAUAAAAAAAAUUCUAUCUAUCUAUUCUAUCUUCCAGAUCUUACCAAAUCCUACCCAAUCUUACCCUUCCAUGUAUCACAAAGAAGAAUUAUAUCUUUCUAUGGAGGAUGUUUUAGGUUAUUGUUUUUGAUUCAAGGCCACAAAGAGGUAUUUUGAAUAGUGUAGAAAGUUAGCACCCACCUCUCCUAGAAGAAUGAAAUAUUUUAGGAAAUAUUAAAAAGGCAGAAUAUUAUAUUUCCCCUAAAAGAGAAAGAAAAAUCUUAAGGGAGACAGAAACUCAGAGCUUCAGCUCCCUGCCCGCACCAGAUAUUUGGUGCCUAUUAAGAAGGACUGGGCCAGCCUAUCUUCAAGACAAAAGACCUUCAGCUCCAGGGUGAUGGGAUUAAGACAUGACCCUCCAGGACAUAAUAGGAUUAUCUAUCAGCAGAGCUCACUGCAUUGCAAAAUCACCUGGGGACAUUGAAUCACCCUCCAGGCUCAACCAAACUUGAUUCAGAAAAAUAUGACCCCACAUGGCCCCAUGGGAGUCUGUCUACAGCCAAUAGAAUACAUUUCUUGUACAGAAACAGGAAGCUCAAGAGCAAGACCCAAGAGAGAGUAUAAAUAACCCUCACUCUCCACUCCAUGCGUUCAACUGCACGGGGACCAUGUGCUUGAUGGUUCUGCUUCAUUAAACCAUCUUUCCAAUCAGCCUCCAUGUUUCCAGUGUCUUUCUCCCUGCUUGGAACUGAACCAGAUGGAUACUUCUUCCAACAAUAGAAAGAAAAAUGAAUUCCUCCAGGUUACCUAAAGAACCACCUCAUCCCAAUGAUAUUAGCCCAUCCCACUUGCUCUGGCAGAAAGAGCAUGGUCUGGAUCCCAUCGGCUAAGAAAUUGUAGCUGGUGGCCAUGGUUCCUGUGUUUGUACUAUCAUCCAGGGAUGCAAUCCAGCAAGUUCUGACCGGUUCUGGAGAACCGGUAGCGGAAAUUUUGAGUAGUUCGGAGAACCAGCAAAUAUCACCUGUGGAUGGCCCCAGAGUGGGGUGGGAAUGGAGAUUUUGAAAUAUCCUUCCCUCAAGAGUGGGGAGGGAAUGGGGAUUUUACAGUAUCCUUCCCCUGCCACACUCACCAAGCCACGCCCACCAAGCUACACCACGCCCACCAAGCCACGCCCACAGAACCAGUAGUAAAAAAAAUUGGAUUUCACCACUGUUAUCAUCACUCUUGAAGUGAGAUACAUCCCCACCUUCUUGGCAUCCUGAAAGAGCCUGAUAACCUCGCUUUGAUGUCCCCAAAAGGGACAUCAUAUUUUGGAGGUCGUUAAUAGAUUACUAGAAGACCCCAAUCUCUACCAGUUUACACAUUAGUUCUUUUUCAUUGUUUUAAUAUUAAUAUUAACCUUUUAAUGUCUGAUGCUCUAAUGUUUUAAUUCUGUAAUUGUUUUAUCCUAUUAUUUAUGGUAUUGUAAACCACCCAGAUUUGCUUGGUAGAGAGAUGGGUGACAAACACAUUUAAUAAAUAAGUAGCAUGUCUCCCACUGCAGGUAUAAGGUAAAUACCUAUGCAAAAAGAGAGAAAAGCUAAAGUUUCAUAUAGUGCCAUGAGGUUUACAUAUAAUCUAAAUCAGGGGUCUCCAACCUUAGUAACUUUAAGGUUUGUGGACUUCAACUCCCAGAGAUCCUCAGCCAGCAAAGCUGGCUGAGGAACUCUGGGAGUUGAAGUCCACAAGCCUUAAAGUUACUAAGGUUGGAGACUCCUGAUCUAAAUCAGGAUUUUUACCUUAUGAUUUAUUGAGAAACACACAAUGGCUUGCUUCAUGCACAAUGGAGAGCCGUAAGAAGUGAGUUUGCACACUAUGGUAUAAUAGGCCUUGCUCACACUAGAAUAAGACACUGUUAAAACCCCAGUGGGCCAGAACCCUGAAGAUAUUUCUUUUCUCUUACAUCUCCGAAGCUUCUCAGCAGGUUUUAACUAAGUGUGUGAUUGUUUUCAAUGCUUUUCAAAUGGAUGCCACUCAUUUACCACUGUACUGAGCUGGAGCUGAAUGGCUAACAUUUUUCAUCCUUCUAAACCUGGAAAUAGAAAAAGUGUUUGUAAUAUUUCCUGGCAAAUAUUUGUAUUGUGUCUUUUGAUUCAUCUCCUCUGUUUCCAUUUGCUUGUGUUUUUUAACUGGGUUUCCACUUCAUGAUCUGAGAUUCUAUGAAUACAUAACUUCUAAACUGCAAAAAUAAUGUUUGUGUACUAUGAUACAUAAUGGUGACCCAAUAAAUGCUGAAACCUUU